AUGCAUGUUGAAGUGGCUGCUGACGGAGCAGCAGAUGGCGGGGUUGUCGUUGUCAACGGGGGCAACGGCAACGGUGGUAGCUCGGCCGGCAGCUCGGAUGGGCCCGGGGGCUCUGCCGAGAGCUCUGAUAGUGACCUGAACGGCGGCUGCGGUGGAGCCAUGUUGGCCGAUUCUGCGGCCAUUGCGGACACUGUUCCAGGGAUGGCUGCGUAA